UUUUUGUGUUAGCCUUUAACCGAAUCAUGGUCAAAAUCGAUGAUCCAUGUAGUGUUGAAAACAUUUUAACGCAUCAACAUCAAAAGUCACCAUUACAUUAUCAUCAUUGUCAUCAACAGCAGCUGCAUCAACCACAACAUCAGAUCUUAUUGCAAAAUCAAACGCAGUUGCAGCAACUUUGUAAAAUGGCUCGCACACCACAUUUGAAAUCAAGUUUCUCCAUUAAUUCAAUACUACCGGAGACAAUUGAAGAUAAUGGCCAUCAACGGCAAACACCAUAUGCAAAUAAGCAUAGUAAUGAACAUUUUAAGCCAUAUCAUGGGAACGAGGAACAAGAUGUUGGCGACGCUGAUUCCGAUUUAGAUGUGACCAGUAUGUCGCCCCCGCCAGCUACCGACGGCGGCAGCGAAAUAAGUAUAAAUAGCACAGAUGGCUUAAUACAUCAGAUGCCCUCCAAUCAUCUUAAUCAUAAUCAUGAAGAAGAGGAAGGCGAGGAUAGUGAUUUAGAAGCGAGUUUGGAUCCUGAUGUUGAUGGCGACGAAGAUCUCGAAACAGAAAUUGAUGCCGAAGGCAACACAACUGAAGGAGAGAUAGAACACAAAACAGACGGCGAUAAAUCAUCCUCAUCCAGUGAUAAGAAAGACAACGAAAAACCUCCAUAUAGUUAUAAUGCCUUGAUUAUGAUGGCCAUACGCCAGAGUCCAGAAAAGCGUUUAACAUUGAACGGUAUCUAUGAGUACAUUAUGACUAAUUUCCCGUACUAUCGCAAUAAUAGGCUGGGUUGGCAAAACUCUAUACGACACAAUCUGAGUUUAAAUAAGGUCUUUGUUAAGGUACCGCGGCAUUAUGACGAUCCCGGGAAGGGUAACUAUUGGAUGUUGGAUCCUUCGGCCGAUGAUGUAUUCAUCGGUGGAUCAACGGGGAAAUUGCGUAGACGUACGACAGCGGCUUCACGUUCUCGUUUAGCAGCCUUUAAACGUUCUUUAAUAGGACCAAUGUUUUCGGGUCUAGCUUAUCCGCAGUUCGGUUCUUUCUUGUAUCCUCACCAACAAACAACAAUGCCCGGUGGACCAGCGCCGACUACUCCCGGCUUAUUAGCCAGCAUGUACAGUAGAUAUAAUCCUUUUGUGCCAAAGAGUCCUGCCUUACCUCCGUCACCGUUUACGCAGCGUAUAAGUCCCGCGGCAAUGACAGCCGCCAAUUAUAGCAAUAUGGAAAGGCUUUUAACGGCUGCUGCCAUUCCUCCUCAAGGUCAUCCAACGUCAGCAGCUGCUGCUACUUUACCCGCCUCGGAUCUCUAUCAACGUUUACAAUAUCAGCAAUUGCUGCAACAUCAUGCAGCUGCCGCGGCCAUAGCCGCUCAUCAGAGACAACAGCAAUUAACUGGUUUUCAACAUAUAUCGCCAGCAGCUACACUUGCUAGUUCCGUCACUGCUGCCGGUGCUGGUAUCCAUCAACCCUUGCAGGUACUUACGCAUCUCGGGCAGCAGCAGGCGCCAUCGCCCUCACAUUCAAUAUCACCCACGGUAGCUACCAGUUCACCACCCGCCGCUCCUAUACUUAAACCGGUAACUGUCGUAACGCGUAAUAGUAGCUGAGUUUGUCAGCAUAAUCAAUGUACAGUGGAGUGUAAAUAACGAUCAAUAAUGUAAAUUAUUC